UUUGGUACGUCGAUCAGGCGAGAGACGGCGACCAAAGCAAUGGCAGAAGGAAGCCAUUCUCACCAGGAAAGCCAUGGCUCUCCAAUGCAGAUAUCCCCUUCUCAGUCCCGCGGACCCACCCCGUCAGGAAGCAUGUCUCAAUUCCCCCCGCUUGAGGGUACGACACCUCUGAGUGCGGCCGCGAUGGCGCGACGCAUGUCGGGACCUGUCCAGCAGCACCGACGACGGGAAUCGACGAUCAGCGAACAUUUCCAGAUGUAUGAAGUUACCGAUCGAGGCGACGACCUGCGCAAUUACCAGAACGAGCGUACGCCCAUUCCUGGUGCACCCGAGAACCUCGCAGGAUACAUCGAGCUGGUGCGCACCCUUACUCCCGAGAAACGCGUCAUGGAAUACCACCGGCUCAUCAACAGUGGAUUGAUGGUCAUGGACAAAGUGAGCUACAUGAUGGUGGCAGUCAAGAAAUACAUUGAACAAGACGAAGCCGCAAUUCAGGCUUAUGGAGGGAAGGACCGAUUCAACAAAUUGUAUCCUGGUCUGGCCUUAGCGAAAGAUUGGAAAACCACCCGAGUUCAAGCCUUGAAGCGCAACCAGGACGUCAUACUGGAAGGAAAGUGGAAGGAACGCAAGAUCUAUGAGGAUGUCAUCCUCCCAUUCCACCCAGACCUUUGGUUCCAGAUCACGGCAAUGGAGCAUCUAUCCUACAUCGCCCGCCGGCUGGAAGAUCCGCGCAUGCUAGCGCAGCUUAUCAACGCCAUCCUGUACGCUCGCAUUAGUAAAGGGAAGAACAUAACUGAGAAAACCACCAUGAUCCUGGCCGUGGACAUCGAUAAGGCAUGGGAGGUGGUCCGAGGCCUUGACAAUCGUUACCAAGAGGCUCGGAAAUCAGGCCGCAUCAAUGCUCCUGCAAAUUUCAGGGUAACGAGUACCCAGUAUAAGGACAAAUGGACUGAGACAGCGAAAGCUCGGAUCCAAGAAUUGAUCCCGCUGCCAGAAGGCCAGAUUUGGACGCCCGCCACAGCAUGGAUGAAUGAGCGCAAUCUGCAGAUUCACGAGCCGUCACACUGGCUCAUCCCCAAGAAGCCCACCCUUACAGCGGUGGAGGAGCAGAAUCUCCGCGUCCGGCGUGGUUCCAUGUCGCAGGAACAAUGGGAUGACUGGGAACGCGUGGAGUCUGCCUCCCGCGCUCAAUCGCCUACUGUGUCCCCACUUUCGUCCCCCACAGGUUCCAUUGUGGAGAUGCUCGCAACCACUACCCUAGACGCGAACGCUGCCAAUGUCGCUCUUCGGGCAUUGCAGGCGAACUACUCUCAGAACCAUGACAACUCCUUGAGACUGCAAACUGGGCCGGCAGCCAACACGCGCAGUCGCACCCUGAGGGAAGCUAGCAAGGCAGUGCCUAAUAUCCAGAAUGAAAUCGACAAUGAGCCGGACGAGGAGAUAAAUGUGGAGGCGCUCGGUCAGUUCGAUCUGGCAGAUCAACGCAUCCUCAAGACAGGCAGGUCAUGCGGUUGCAAGAACGUGCGUAGCGUGCUCCAUCAAGCAAUCGGGGCUUGCAAAGGAAAAGUUUUAGGACCAGAUGCCAGCGCCGAGUUCUUGCGCAAAUAUGACCGACACAAGGAUACGCUGUGCCAUACCCACCUGAAGAAGACAGGAACUUGCGUCGGCCUGCGCUCCGGGAACCUGACUGGAGACCAGCUACGAACUACACUACGGACGAUGGCAAUGAAUCCCCACGAACUGGUGGAGAUUCGCAACAAUAGUGCUACUCGGAACCUGUUUCUUAAGGCAGCCCAAGCACCCCACGCUUUCGACACCCUGAAGAGCUAUCGAUUCUUUCCUCUGGAGCGGGAACUUUCACUGGACUAUGAGCAUAUCGCCCGAUUAAUGGGAUGGGAAUCACAGAUAAGGGACUAUCGGACCAAGGGCAACAUUGUGAUUCCUAUGUUCAGAUGGGUGGCAGAAAAUGAGAACUUGAGCACUAUCCUUAACGAGUCCUACAACAUGUAUCGUUACCAUACUCGGCGCAUCCAUGGAAAGGAGAACCUGGGAUGGGGCCGCACCAUGUACCAUUCGCCCAUCCAGCAACUGAUCCGAGGAGACCCUGAGUAUUGGCUAUGGUACGCCUGCAUUCGUCACCGCACGCGCCUGAUCAGCUACCCUUACUACACCAAAGACGCGCAGCCAGGCGACCGAACAUAUUUCAAACACAUCGACCUCAACAUCAGUGAGACACAUGCUACGGGGCUUGGGCGCGAUAUGGCCCAAGGGAGCGUUUCCUGGUCGAAGGAAAACUCAACAAACUGCACUCAGGUCUUGGAGAGCAUGAACGCAGUGUUUGACGAAUAUGCUGAGUGGCGCAAGAGCAAGGGGACCACCGUACCCCAGGGCCAUGUGGAGAAAUGGGAUGAUAACCGCGACUGGCCACCUGAGCUCCGUACCCGAUGGCCUCAGGUCAAAUGGGUGAACGUGGUCUGUCGCCCAGGGGAUGUGCGCAUUAGCAGCCCGCUGCUAGCCCAUGGGUCCACAGGACCUGCAACUGUUGUCCGACGAACGAUGCUUCCAUGGUUUGUUGGAUUCCAGAAAGAUGGCAAGACUAUGGAGAAUCCUCGCAUGGGCACCUACUCGGAGAUUGCUGAGUCGUAUCGCUCGCUCACGGCACCACCCAGGACGCCAUCUGGUCAUCCGAACAUGUAUGGUGGUAUAGGAUGGGCGUUCCCAGGCGCUGCGCCAAUGCAGUAUGGAUGCGAAAUCUCGCGAGCGCUUACAUGCCAAGUUACUUGGGACUCACCACUCAUCCGUCAAGAGAUCGCUUGGUUAAAUGACCGAUCGCGUACUAGGGAAGAACUCCUAGACUGGAUACGAGAGGUCCGUGAGUCACACGAAAGCUAUGUUCGCAAAUCCUGGGAAGCUGCCAAGUUGCAAGAAAUGGAGGCCUAUGGCAGUGACGAUGAGGAGGAGAUCCCCGAGCGCAGCUACUUCAUGACUGGGGGUACGUUUGAUGGAGAAGGUGACCAGUAUGAGCAUGACCAGGACAUCUCUCCGCAGAGUGCUGUCGACGCACUGCUUCGCAGUUACACUGUGGAGCCCGAGGGGCUCUGA